CUGUGGACCAGGGACAUGGCGGGCGGCCUCAGCGUUGACGUCAACGUGGUGCCGCUGCUGGUCAACCAGACCGACCCGAAGAGCCUCAUCACCAGCGUCUGCGACUUGAUGUCGGGCACCCGGAUCCACGGGGUGGUGUUUGGCGACGACACGGACCAGGAGUCCAUCGCUCAGAUUUUGGAUUUUAUUUCCUCGCAGACUUUUAUUCCGAUCCUGGGAAUCCACGGCGGCUCUUCGAUGAUCAUGGCGGAGAAGGAUGCGAUGUCCACGUUCUUUCAGUUCGGGGCCUCGAUCCAGCAAGAGGCCAUCGUCAUGCUGAAGUUCAUGCAGUACUACGACUGGCACGCCUUCUCCGUCGUCACCAGCACCUUCCCCGGCUACCGGGACUUCAUCAGCUUCAUCAAGUACACGGUGGAAAACAGCUUUGUGGGCUGGGACAUGCAGAACAUCAUCACCCUGGACACGUCCGUCGUGGACGCCAAGACCACCGUCCAGCUGAAGAAGAUCCACUCCUCGGUCAUCCUGCUGUACUGCUCCAAGGACGAGGCGGUGCACAUCCUGGGCGAGGCGCGCUCCCUGGGCCUGACGGGCUACGACUUCUUCUGGCUCGUCCCCAGCCUGGUCAGCGGGAACGUCGCGCUCACGCCCAGGCAGUUCCCGGCGGGGCUCAUCUCCGUGGCCUACGACGAGUGGGACUACCGCCUGGACGCGCGGGUGCGGGACGGCCUGGGGAUCAUCACGAAGGCGGCGGCGGCCAUGCUGCGGCAGUACGCCUUCGUCCCCGAAGCGAAGAGCACCUGCUACGGGCAGCUGGAGGGCAAGGAGCGGCCGACCCACACGCUGCACCGGUUUAUGAUGAAUGUGACCUGGGAAGGCAAAGACUUAUCCUUCACCGAAGACGGCUAUCAGGCACAUCCCAGAUUGGUGGUCAUUGUGCUCAACCAGUCCCGGGCGUGGGAGAAGGUGGGGAAAUGGGAGAAUAAGACCUUGAGCCAUAAAUAUUCCGUGUGGCCCAGGUUCAAUUCUUUCAAUGACAGCGACCCGGACAACAACCACCUCAGCAUCGUCACCCUGGAGGAGGCCCCCUUCGUCAUCGUGGAGGACAUGGACCCCCUGACCGAGACCUGCGUGAAGAACACCGUCCCCUGCCGGAAAUACGUCAUCAUCAACAACGUCACCAAGGAGGGGAAGAACGUGAAGAAGUGCUGCAAGGGCUUUUGCAUAGACAUCCUGAAGAAACUCUCCAAGGCCAUCGGGUUCACCUACGACCUGCACCUGGUCACCAACGGGAAGCACGGCAAGAAGGUCAACAACGAGUGGAACGGGAUGAUCGGAGAGGUGGUCAAGAAGCAAGCGGUCAUGGCCGUGGGCUCCCUCACCAUCAACGGGGAGCGCUCCGAGGUGGUGGAUUUUUCCGUGCCCUUCGUGGAAACGGGGAUUAGCGUCAUGGUAUCUCGGAGCAACGGGACCGUUUCUCCAUCGGCUUUUUUAGAGCCCUUCAGCGCCUCGGUCUGGGUGAUGAUGUUCGUGAUGCUGCUGAUCGUGUCGGCCAUCGCGGUCUUCGUGUUCGAGUACUUCAGCCCCGUGGGCUACAACCGGAACCUGGCGCAAGGGAAAGAUCCCCACGGACCGUCCUUCACCGUCGGGAAGGCCGUGUGGCUGCUCUGGGGCCUCGUGUUCAACAACUCCGUGCCAGUGCAGAACCCGAAGGGCACCACCAGCAAGAUCAUGGUGUCUGUCUGGGCCUUCUUCGCCGUCAUCUUCCUCGCCAGCUACACGGCCAACCUCGCUGCCUUCAUGAUCCAGGAGGAGUUCGUGGACCAGGUGACGGGUCUGAGCGACAAGAAGUUCCAGCAGCCCUACGCCUACUCGCCUCCGUUUCGGUUUGGCACGGUCCCAAAUGGGAGCACGGAGAGGAAUAUCCGGAACAACUACAAGGAGAUGCACGCCUACAUGGUGAAGUACAACCAGAAGGGCGUGGAGGAUGCGCUGGUCAGCCUGAAGACUGGGAAGCUGGAUGCCUUCAUCUAUGACGCUGCGGUGCUGAACUACAAGGCCGGGCGGGACGAGGGCUGCAAGCUGGUGACCAUUGGCAGCGGGUACAUCUUCGCCACGACAGGUUAUGGGAUCGCCCUCCAGAAGGGAUCGCCUUGGAAGAGGGCGAUCGACCUGGCGCUCCUGCAGUUUGUUGGCGACGGAGAAAUGGAGGAGUUGGAGACGCUGUGGCUGACGGGCAUUUGCCACAAUGAGAAGAAUGAGGUCAUGAGCAGUCAGCUGGAUAUCGACAACAUGGCCGGCGUGUUUUACAUGCUUGCUGCUGCCAUGGCCUUGAGCCUGAUCACGUUUGUCUGGGAGCACUUGUUUUACUGGAAGCUGAGGUUCUGCUUCACCGGGGUUUGCUCGGAUAGGCCAGGAUUGCUCUUCUCUAUCAGCAGGGGUAUCUACAGCUGCAUCCACGGAGUGCACAUCGAGGAGAAGAAGAAAUCCCCCAGCUUCACCCUGACAAGUUCGCAAACCAACAUGCUGAAGCUCCUGCGGACAGCCAAGAACAUGACCAACCUGAACCCCUCGCGGAUGAACUCCCCCAAAAGAACCACCGAUUUCAUUCACAGGGGGUCCCUCAUCAUGGACAUGAUGAUGGAUAAGGGGAAUAUAAUCUUCUCGGACAAUAACAGGCCUUUCCCACCAAAGGAGAACAUUUUCGGUGACAACAUGAGUGAGCUGCAGCCAUUCAUGGGCAAUCGGCCCAGGGACAACCUCAACAACUAUGUCUUCCAAGGGCAGCACCCACUCACGCUCAACGAGUCCAACCCGAACACGGUGGAAGUCGCCGUCACAACAGAAGCCAAAGGCAACUCACGGCCGAGGCAGCUGUGGAGGAAAUCCAUGGAGUCGUUGCGCCAGGAAUCGCUUCGUCAGAGGGACAACGAUUCCGAUGAAAAUCAGCAACACUCCUUGAAGGGUCCGAGGUACCUCCCGGAAGAGAUUCUUCACUCCGACGUUUCGGAUACGUCCAGCCGAGCCACCUGCCACAUGGAGCCCGAAAUCAACCACAAGCACCACAAGUUGAAGGACAAUGUGAAAAAGAGGCCUGUCUCCAAACACCCGAAGGACUGCAGUGAGGUGGAGCUGACAUAUCUGAAGAAUAAGCAAUCCUUGCCCCGGGAUAAAAUUUACAUCAUAGAUGCCGACAAAGAGCGUGGCUUUCACUUGGAUGCUCCCCAGUAUAUGGAGAACAUCAUUCUUCCAGAAUCGCUGGAGUUCUCCGAUGUUUACCAGGAUCACAGCAACAGCUACCAAAAGGAGGAGCAGAGCGAGAGGACUCCCUUACCAAAUGAAGAAGGUCUUCCAAGCAGCGACCAGUACAAACUCUACUCAAAGCACCACAGCUUGAAAGAUAAGAACGUGUCCUUGGGGGAAGCCAACGACAGACACCGGCCGAACGUCAGCCACUGCCGAGGCUGCCUCUCCAGUCUUCCCAGUUACGCCGGGCACUACCUGAGCCGUUCCCCCUACCGGUGUGACGCCUGCAUGCGGAUGGGGAACCUCUAUGACAUUGACGAAGACCAGAUGAUGCAGGACACCAGCAGCUCCACGCAACGGGAGGGCACGUACCGGCCCGACUGGCUGCAGGCCAACAAAACGCAGCCUCCAAAGAAGAGCAAGCUGAAGAUCAGCAGGCAACAUUCUUUCGACAACAUUCUCGACAAGCCCCGGGAAACGGAGGCCGGGAGGCCAUCUCGGAGCAUAAGCCUGCGGGAGAAGGAAAAGUUUCUGGAAGGAAGUCCUUAUGCAAACCUGCUUCACACCCCUCAAAGCAAACUCUUGAGUAACACGGCUCCGCUUUUCACACGCACUCUGGACGAUGGUAAGAGGAUCAGGUCCCUGUAUUUCGACUGCUCUGCAGAGAACUCUUUUCUGCACCCUUAUUGUGACGACCAGCAUUUGGUUCUCGGGCGGAGCCCCGCAGGCCUUUAUAAACCAUCAUUAACCGCGAAAGCGAGGAAUGAUAGUUACUCAAGGUCGUCGAUAAAAUCGACUCCCUCAUACUGUUCCAGAGAUGGCCGGGUCCUGACCGACAUGUACAUUUCGGAGCAUGGAAUGCCUUAUGUUGCAAACCAGAAUAGUGUGUACUCAGCACCAAGAGUUUUAAAUUCCUGCAGCAAUAGACGCGUGUAUAAGAAGAUGCCCAGCCUUGAAUCAGAUGUUUAG